UUAGAAGCGGCAUCCACCGAGAUCGCUGGGCUGUGUUCAUCCCGAUCCCCCCGGGGUAAUCCAUGGCUCGGCGCUAGGAUUUAGGGCUUCCUCGCCCAAUUCCAUCCGCCCCUCGGAGCUGCACCCUUGCGGAGGCAGGAUCGAUCGGUUCGGAUGGAGGACGGGGACGCCGAGGCGGCCCAGAGGGACGCGAUCACCGGCAGGAUGCGGGGCCAGGACUACGCCGGCGCGAGGGCGCUGCUGCUGCAGACGCUGCAGACCAACCCUAGGCUGGAGGGCGCCCUGGAGAUGCUCCCCGUGCUCGAGGUCCUCUGCGCCGCAGCGAAGGCGCUUGCCGGCCGCGGCCGUGGCGUGGACUGGUACAGGGUCCUCCAGGUGCUGCCCGGGGACGAUGCUGCCAGGAUCGAGGCGCGGUACAGGAGCAUUGUGGCUCAGCUGGAGCCGAUCGGGGCCGAUCUACCCGGCGCUGAAUUGGCUCUCCGGCUUGUCAGGGAGGCGUACGCGAUGCUGUCGGAUCCGGAGAAGAGAGAGGGGUUCGACUCCAGGGACAUUUUUGCUCGGUUUGUUCGUUCUGGUGUUGUUGACGCACCAACUCCUGAUAGUACAAUGGUCCAUUCUAACAAGCUAAACAGCCUUCACACAAAGGAUACUAUGACAGCGGAUUUUACAAGCAAUGCAGUCUCACAUGUUCAGCACACCGACAAGUCAUGUUUUGACGAGAGGAAUUCCCAUCUUUCAAAUGUGGCUAGUUCUUCUAGAACUAAGAGGAUGGAUCCUUGCUUUCUAGGUGAUGAUGGUGACUUGCAGCCACCUGAUGACAACCAUGUUGACAAGAAGCAAAAGAGUGUCUGUGAAGAGGACCUUUAUUGCGUGUCGCCCUCACAGGAAGAUUUGGAUGCCUUCUUUGAUGUUCCGUCAGAUGCCAAAGAUGAACAGUGCUCUAGCAAACAGUAUGAUUAUCAUAACUUUGAGGAAGAUAGGGCGAUAGAGAACUUUGCUGCUGGCCAGGUUUGGGCAGCAUAUGACUGGGAGAGGUUUCCUCGCAGAUAUGCACUGAUAACUAAAGUAUUAAUGGAUAAAAUGCAGUUAUGUGUCUCAUGGUUCAACCCCUGUCUGCAAUCUGAUGAAGAGAGGAAAUGGUCGCGUGCAGGCUUGCCAUUGGUUUGUGGAACUUUUGCUGCAGAAGAAUGCCAUAUCUCAUUAGCUUGUCCAACAAUUUUCUGCCAUCAGAUAUCCAGUGAUAACCUGAAUCAACAUCUUGAAGUAUAUCCCCAGGAAGGUGAGGUGUGGGCCAUAUACAGUGACUGGGAUAUUGGGUGGUGCACUGAUCCUGAGAUGUGGAAGAAGAGUGCCUUCUCUAUUGUUGAAAUUCUUACCAGCUAUUCAAAAGAAUCAGGUUGCACCGUUGCACACUUGGUAAAGGUAGAUGGACAUGGAAGUGUUUUCCAGAGGCAUUUGAAGAGUGGAACAGAGCACUUGUUGCAAAUACGCAGCGACAAUCUACUCAUGUUUUCUCACAGGAUCCCUUCUUUCAGAUUUACUCCUGAGGCUGGAACUAUGUUCGAGCUUGAACAUUCUGCAGUUCCACAAACCCUGCGCCAAGAACAUGCAUUGCCAUGUAUUCCUCCUUUGUCUUUUUCAGGUUUACAUGAUGACACAAACAGCUUUCCAGAAACUUCUGUUGCACAAUUCUCAAAUCCUUCAACAAGCAAAAUGGAUUCAGGUGCCCCGUUGCCAGCCACGGUGAGCUGCAAUAACAAGUUGUCCCGCAACGAUUUCCUGGAGGGCCAGAUAUGGGCUGUAUUUGAUUCUCGGGACAGGAUGCCUAGGUCUUAUGUCAGAAUAAUCCGUGUGGUUUCACUUACUUCAGUUUUUGUGUUGAAAUUGGAACCUCACCCUAUGCUUAAUGAAGAGAUACGGUGGGUUGAAGAUGGUCUACCGGUUGCUUCUGGGGUAUUUCGUGCUGGCACUGAAACUACUUACAAGGACAUCUGGGAAUUCUCUCACCCUGUAGAGUGUGAUUGGAGUGCCAAGAGGUCUUUCUACCGAAUUUUCCCAAAGAAAGGGGAAAUAUGGGCAAUGUACAAAAACUGGAAAGUCACCUUGAAUAGCACUGAUAUUGAUAACUGUGAAAUUCGCAUGGUUGAGAUCCUCUCAAACUACUCCGAUGAAAAUGGAGUUAAUGUGUGCAGCUUGGUUAGGGUAAAAGGUUGCUUAACCUUUUUUCAUAGGUUAGUGAUGGAAGAUUUCCAUUUGACAAGAUGGAUUCCAAGGUCUGAAAUGCUCAGGUUUUCCCAUCGUGUUCCUGCUUUCAUUGUUGUUGAAAUCAAAGGUCAUGAUAUACCAAAAGGGUCCUUGCAUCUGGAACCAAGUGCCCUUCCUACACGGAUCAUACAUUAACAGAUAUGAGGACUGGCAGGUGUUAAAAAUUAGGAAACUGAGUUCUUUUAACCAUGAAAAAUUAGACGAUACAUUGCCAAAUGAGAAAAUGAUGUAACUGAAAUCAGGGUUUACCGUAGCAUCAUUUUACCGUUGCUAUCAAGUAUCAACUGCCCAGUUACACUGCCACAGGCUCUCCAGUUCGGUCAUCUGUCGAUCAGCCCUUCUGUUCUUUUAGUUGCUUUUUGUUGAGCAUUGUGUGCAAUCACCAUCUACUUUGAUCCUAAUUGUUAUUUGGUGUAGUGGAAGCAUGAAGGUAAAUAAUCUCUCUUGAGUGAUUCUGCCGACACUGCAUUAUUGUCAAAGACAGGAAAUACAUAAUCGUCAACCAGUAACAUGGGUUUCCUUGUGACAGGGUGCCCAAAAUAUCCUUGUCAGCGCUAGAUAAUUCUAUUGCGAUGAUUUGUCUUGAUAUCAGAAUACGAUGUCUUGAUAUCAGAAUACGAUGUUUGCAGACGUAGAAACAAGAGAAUGAUGUCUUCCGUAGACACCCUCUUAAGCUGUUUGAAGGUCCAUAUCAGCACAGUAUCAAUCAAGUACAACUGACUUUGUGGAUACACUAAAUAUUCUUUUUUUCUUGUUAUUUGGAUAUCUUGUAAGGCUUGUUAGGUACUUGAUUUCUGUCUUUACUUUCAGCUAAACCUAUAUAUCCAUUCAUAUGAUGUAGGCCGCUUAGAAUAAAAUUAGACGGCAUCUUGGUAUAAAUGUACCCUUUUUUAUCUGUUUUUAUGGUCUGCACUGUAUCGUAUUGUCAAUUGUGGUACCUAACUGGUUUCCAGUAAGUACCCGUUUAUUCUGACAAGUCCUCAUCAGCUGAUUGCUUGUUGCACGAGCAUGGUCUAUGCGUUUUUCUUGUGCUCAAGUGCAACUGUUUUUAAGUGUUUUUUUUUUUGCAUUCAACUAUGAAGUUUCCUGCAUUCCAAGUGGCUUUAGAAAUUUAAGAACGACAGGGACAGUUAAGUUCAUGAUUCAGCAAGAGACGUGAAGCAUUCUGGGGGUACUCACAUUCAAUUAUGGAGAUUAUUUCGUCUACUAUCCAAGAUGUCGCCAUCACACCUAGAAAUUUGCCGAGAAAACGUAUUACUCUGUAAGCUACAUGUUUUUAGUAAUGCUCGAAGUGGAGGUUAUUGUCCUUGUUGAUCUGGAAACAAACUUGAAAGCGCAAUCUUGGUCGGUAGCGUGCUCAGAAAGGGUACGUUGUAGGUGGGCAGAGGCACGCCCCUUGUUUUUUACAUGGAAUUCGCAGCAGUGCUCUGAAUUUUACUUUACUUUAGUACUUCUGGCAUUCAGCUAUCCAAGGUGAUUUGCACCCUAUGUUUUUAAACUAUUUAGCUGCUAACAGUUUUCAAAGUUAUUAGG